GUAGUUUCCUCUGCCCACCUAUACACACACACACACACAGCCAUGACCGCGUCUCUUGUCCGGAGGUUAGCAGCCUUGUCCGGGGCAAGUGCUGUCGCCGCGGGAGCAUAUGGGGCUCACGGUUUCAAAAACACUGACCCGGAUGAUUACCAGCGUGUGCUGUUUGAAACGGCGAACAAAUACCAUUUCUACCACAGUCUAGCUCUGCUGGGGGCCGCCCACUGUGGGCAACCUGCUGUGGUUGGCACCCUCCUCGUGGCAGGCAUGGGGAUGUUCUGUGGCUCUCUUUACCACCAGGCCCUGACAGGGGACCCCGGAUUGCGCAAGAUUGCUCCUGUUGGGGGCAUGGCCAUGAUCGCUGGCUGGCUGGCAAUGAUUCUCUGAACUCUCUCUCUCACAUCUCCUCCCCAAAGACUCUACAUGACACUUAACUGCCAAAGUUCUUCAUCAGUGAACUGGAGUGUUAGCAAGAAUCAGGAUUAAGAAGAAAAUGGGUGUUAUGUCACUUUUAUCUGUCCGUUGCCCUCCCGGAGUAGCAGGUGUCACCGUAAGAUAAGACCGCGGUGGGAUUUUCACUUUAUUUUUUGUACUCCAUUACUGGUUGUUUCCUGACUAGUGCUCUGGGACCCAGUGUAUUUGUAUGAGUUAAAAUGGAUCGGCGAGUGAAUGUAUUUAAUCAAUUAUAAAAGAUAAUAAUAAAAAAAUACCUCAAGG